CCCGCCCCCUCCGUCUCUCCGCUCCCUGGCGUGACUCGGCACUGAGAGCCGGAGAAGACUCCGCGAUCGCCAACCCCUGUGUCCAGGCCUCGGCGUUCCUGAGGCGUCCCCUUUCCUCUCCCAGCCGUCUCCUUCCGUUUCGAAGCCAGUGGCGUCGCGGCCGCCUUUCCGGGCUCUCUGAGAAUGGUGGGAGUGAAGCCGGUGGGGAGCGACCCGGAUUUCCAGCCGGAGCUGAGCGGCGCGGGCUCCAGACUCGCCGUGGUCAAGUUCACCAUGCGAGGUCAUCUCUUUUACCUUUCUCACAGGUGCGGACCAUGUUUAAGGAUUGCCCCAGCAUUCAGCACUAUGAGUAAUAAGUAUCCGCAGGCAGUUUUCUUGGAAGUAGACGUACAUCAGUGUCAGGGAACAGCUGCCACCAACAAUAUAUCAGCAACACCUACGUUUUUGUUUUUUCGAAACAAAGUGAGAAUUGAUCAGUAUCAAGGAGCAGAUGCCGUGGGAUUAGAAGAAAAAAUCAAGCAGCACUUAGAAAAUGACCCUGGAAGCAAUGAGGACACAGAUAUUCCAAAAGGCUACAUGGAUUUAAUGCCUUUUAUUAACAAAGCUGGUUGUGAAUGUCUUAAUGAAAGCGACGAGCAUGGAUUUGACAACUGUUUGCGAAAAGACAUGACCUUCUUGGAAUCUGAUUGUGAUGAGCAGCUACUCAUUACUGUGGCAUUCAAUCAACCAGUUAAGCUUUAUUCAAUGAAAUUUCAAGGGCCAGAUAAUGGUCAAGGUCCUAAAUACGUAAAAAUUUUUAUCAAUCUACCCCGAUCUAUGGAUUUUGAAGAAGCAGAAAGAAGUGAACCAACCCAAGCUCUGGAACUAACAGAGGAUGAUAUUAAAGAAGAUGGCAUUGUCCCACUUCGUUAUGUUAAGUUUCAGAACGUUAACAGUGUAACUAUAUUUGUUCAGUCCAAUCAAGGUGAAGAAGAAACAACAAGAAUUUCAUAUUUUACUUUUAUUGGUACUCCAGUCCAGGCAACAAAUAUGAAUGACUUCAAACGAAGGAUACAUACUGGCAAGUUGAGAGCUAUCAACCUGUGAAACAGUAGUUGGCAAGAAAGGAGAAAGCCACUAAGGUACAGAAGACACUGGAAGAUCAUAUUGCAGUCAGAUCUACAGCUCCUGGAUAAUUGCUUGAUUCUCGCCAGAGACUCAAUAUUCCAUUCAUUGCCAUUACCAAUAAAUCAUUGCUUUUGUUCAGAUGAUAUCACUAGUGUUUCUAUUGUAAUCUUGAUACAUGCAAUUGUAAAUAAAAGUCACUACUUUUGCCAAGCUUAA